GAGGCAGCUGCUCCCAGGGAUGGACGAAGCCAGCCUUGCAGAGGAGACCUGCCCCGAUGGAAGCCUCUGCCAGUAUGCACAGAAAAUCACAGGCUGCUUUGGAGGGAUAGUGGCGCAUCCUCAGGACCCUCACCACGCAUCAGAGAAGCCUGUCAUUCACUGCCAUAAAUGCGGGGAGCCAUGCAAGGGCGAAGUGCUGCGAGUCCAGACCAAGCAUUUCCACAUCAAAUGUUUCACCUGCAAAGUGUGCGGCUGCGACUUGGCCCAGGGAGGCUUCUUCAUAAAGAACGGGGACUAUCUGUGCACCCUGGACUACCAGAGGAUGUACGGGACGCGUUGCCAUGGCUGCGGGGAGUUCGUGGAGGGCGAGGUGGUAACUGCCCUGGGCAAGACCUACCAUCCAAACUGUUUUGCCUGUACCAUCUGCAAGCGCCCAUUUCCACCCGGAGACCGAGUCACGUUCAAUGGGAGAGACUGUCUUUGUCAACUUUGUGCACAGCCGAUGUCUUCCAGCCCUAAGGAAGCCACCUGCUCCAGCAACUGUGCUGGCUGUGGAAGGGACAUUAAGAACGGGCAGGCACUGCUGGCCCUGGACAAGCAGUGGCAUUUGGGCUGCUUCAAGUGCAAGUCCUGCGGGAAGGUCCUCACCGGCGAAUACAUCAGCAAGGAUGGCUCCCCAUACUGUGAGAAGGACUACCAGGGGCUCUUUGGGGUGAAGUGUGAAGCCUGUCACCAGUUUAUCACAGGAAAAGUCCUGGAGGCAGGUGACAAACAUUAUCACCCCAACUGCGCACGAUGCAGCAGAUGCAACCAGAUGUUCACAGAAGGCGAAGAAAUGUAUCUGCAAGGUUCUACCGUGUGGCAUCCCGACUGUAAGCAGUCCACCAAGGCGGAGGAGAAGCUGCGGCAACCAAACACCAUGCGUUCUUCAUCCGAUUUCUUUUAUCCCAAAAGCCUGGUUCGUCGCACAGGACGGUCCCCAGCUCUACAGCCCACCAGGACCUCCUCUGAAAGUAUUUACUCUAGACCAGGUUCCAGCAUCCCAGGCUCCCCGGGGCACACCAUCUAUGCAAAAGUAGACAAUGAAAUCCUGGAUUAUAAGGACUUAGCCGCCAUCCCCAAGGUCAAGGCGAUCUAUGACAUUGAGCGUCCAGAUCUCAUUACGUAUGAGCCUUUCUACACCACAGGCUAUGAGGACAAGCAGGAGAGACAGAGCCUCGGAGAGUCUCCGAGGACUUUGUCUCCUACUCCAUCUGCAGAAGGUUGCCAGGAUGUUCGGGAUCGCGUGAUGCACAGGUCCACCAGCCAGGGCUCCAUCAACUCCCCCGUGUACAGCCGGCACAGUUACACUCCAACCACGGCACGCUCGCCCCAGCAUUUCCACCGACCUGAGCUCUUGUCCCCUGGUGUGCACAGGUGGUCCCCCCUGCGCACCAGCAGUUUCAGCUCCACCCACAGCGACUCCCGUCCCAACCCCCCUUUCCGACACCAUUUCCUCCCCCAUGUCAAAGGCACUGAGCCAUCCAGCGGCCGGAACUCCCCUCUCCCUUACCGUCCCGACAGCCGCCCUCUAACUCCAACUUACGCUCAGGCCCCUAAACAUUUCCAUGUUCCAGAUCAAGGGAUCAACAUUUACCGGAAACCCCCCAUCUACAAACAGCACGCUGCCUUGGCAGCCCAGAACAAGGCUUCAGAAGAUAUCAUCAAGUUUUCCAAGUUCCCCGCAGCCCAGGCGCCAGAUCCCAGCGAGAUACCAAAGAUUGAGACUGACCACUGGCCUGGUCCCCCCUCACUUGCCGCCAUAGGAACUGACAUGAGACGCAGAUCUAGUGGCAGAGAGGAAGAUGAGGAGGAACUUCUGAGACGCCGGCAGCUUCAAGAAGAGCAAUUGAUGAAGCUCAACUCAGGCCUGGGGCAGUUGAUCCUGAAGGAAGAGAUGGAGAGGGAGAGCAGAGAAAGAGCAUCCCUGCUGGCCAGUCGCUAUGACUCUCCCCUGCACUCAGCUUCACAUGCGCCGUCAUCGAAAACGUCAUCUCUCCCUGGCUAUGGGAAGAAUGGCCUUCACCGGCCCGUUUCCACAGACUUCGCUCAGUACAACAGCUACGGAGACGUCAGUGGCGGAGUUCGAGACUACCAGACCCUCCCAGAUGGCCACAUGCCAGCAAUGAGAAUGGAUCGAGGAGUGUCCAUGCCCAACAUGUUGGAACCAAAGAUAUUUCCAUAUGAAAUGCUCAUGGUAACCAACAAAGGGCGCAACAGAAUCCUAAGAGAUGUGGACAGAACCCGGCUGGAGCGCCAUUUAGCCCCAGAAGUGUUUUGGGAAAUCUUUGGGAUGUCCAUACAGGAAUUUGACAAGUUACCUCUUUGGAGACGCAAUGACCUGAAGAAGAAAGCUAAACUCUUCUAACCCCCUCAAGUCAACAACAAUCAGGAAAAGGACUCUCAGUGGCAGUGGUACCUAGAACCUUCCAGAGAAUUUACUCACCACUGUCUCCCGGAGCAGCAGUGAGGGCAAGUCUGAUCUCAGCACCCAUGAGGCACAUCCCGGGCCAAGCCACACUAACACUUGCCAAGCGCCAAUGGGGUAGAACUUUCUAUGUUCCCAAACUCAGCAGUAACGUCCACACGUGACCUUUCCAUGUGACUUUGUGUCCACAACAGGAGCUUCUUUCUCCUUUUUAUUUUUCCCUUUCACUGAUGUCUGACCGAGUGCUGCCUGUACUGGUGAGAGUCAGCAAGUGCCCUUAGCCACAGGGGAAGAGACUGCCUGGGAGUCCUGAAACGCGGAUCUAUUUAUUAUGUAGCACUGCAGCUGAGGGGGACUCCAGGGCCCGCAUCGAGCUGGUAGCAGCAACUUUGCCUUUCCUUGGCAGCCUCCCUCAGCUCUGCCUGGGCUCUGGGGGAAAUGGGACAUCACAUGGGAGCAGAUAGUUCUAAGUGUGUAGCCGCGAAGCAGCAAAAAUGAUUUAAGUAAGCUUCUGUUCUCUUCCUGUGUGCUGGGACCUGGCUGGCCAACUGCUAGGGAAAAGGAUUAAGAGAAAGAAAAAGGGGAAAGGAAUGAAGGAAGCCCUCACUCCCUGAGCGCGUUUUCUGUGUAUAAAAUAUUCAGCCCUUUCUCCCUAUAAGUUGACAGGAGCUGGCGUGUCCACCUUGGCACAGAAAGGAAAGGCCAAGAGUUUCCAGAUUGGUCCCAUUGC